AUGACUGCGUUGUUCAACUUCACGGGAAUGCUGACCAUGCUGCUGCUGAUCAUCUGCACAUGCACGUACAUUCGCCUCAAGAUGCCGACGAUCUUCGACCGAGGGCAGUUGCCUGGGAAGCACGAAGGGUUCACAGGACUCUGUUGGAAGGCGUCUCGUAUCGGGGAGCGGAAGAGCGAGUACGUGGCCGCGUUAUUGUUGGCCAUGGCCGUCCAUCGCUUGCUCUUUGCCGCGUGA